CGUCCGCUCCAGCCCCGCUGCGUGCCUUGGUGCCCCGGGUUCCUGCGUGCUGCUGGCAGCCCCCUGCGGUAGCGGCACUCAGCUCUGCCGAGAAAUCUCCCCGCACGCACUGCCACCCACCUUGCUCACGGCUCCAGAAGAGGGCUUGUAUUUGGGCUCAGAAUCUGUCUUCUGUGGAUCGGGAUUUAAGAGCUCGGACGGUGCCUGGUUACAGUGGUGUAUGAGUCUACAGACCCCGCGGUGCACUACAGAGUUAAAAAGAAACCUUGGAUCUGUCACGGCGUGGAGGGCUAAAAUAAACCCUAUACAACCAGCGAACCCAAUCCAGGCCUUCCUGCCUCCCUGCAUCCAACUUUACACACACACACCCAACCGUGACAAUUCCCUCCUUUCCUCCUUCCUUCAGCUACUGUAGGAUGAGGCAUUUUCUUCGCUCUGGCUCAGGGUAAAAGCAUACCCUGGGGGCAGCAACACACAUCUGGCAGGGACUGAAAGGUUUUAAUCCAGCCUCCACUGCAAUCAACAAUGGCAAAUGAACCAGUGAUUCUGAAUGUUUAUGACAUGUACUGGAUAAAUGAAUACACCUCCACCUUGGGGAUUGGUGUCUUCCACUCUGGCAUCGAGAUCUACGGCAGAGAGUUUGCCUAUGGAGGGCAUCCCUACCCUUUCAGUGGGAUUUUCGAGAUCACACCUGGCAGUGCGGUAGAACUUGGCGAGACCUUUAAAUUCAAAGAAUCCAUUGCCUUGGGCACUACGGACUUCACAGAAGAGGACGUGGAUAAGAUUAUGGAAGAGCUGGGCAAGGAAUACAAAGGAAACGCGUACCACUUGAUGCACAAGAACUGUAAUCACUUUUCUUCUGCUCUGGCUGAGAUAUUAUGUGGGAAAGAGAUCCCUCGCUGGGUGAACCGGCUGGCCUACUUCAGCUCCUGCAUCCCCUUCCUCCAGAGCUGCCUCCCCAAGGAAUGGCUGACCCCAGCAGCCCUGCAGAGCCACAUCAGCCUUGGUCUCCACAAGGAGGAACAAGGGGACACAACAGAUGAGGAGUCCCCCUCCACCUCUGCAGCCCCCUCAGCCUCAGGCACAUCACGAACCUGUAGACAUACACGGGUCUGAACCACCCAGUUUGCCCCCAAAUAACAUCCCUGCUCUCUUGCUCUAUUUACUUCUCACACCCUUUCGCACACAUUGGUUUCUCUCUUCAACAGACAACACAGGGGAGGGAAGACCCCUUCUGCUUCAGUCCCUUUUCCAAGGACUGCCACUACAGCUGCUUGGCAAAAUGACUGUGAACCCCAACACAGAACUGAGGAUUGUGAUGACUAAACUGUAUUCUCCUCCAGGGGCCUCCAUGAUCCUUGAUCUACAGAAAACUGCUGACUCUCUCAGGCAUGAGAACAUGUGUAUGGGCAGAGUGCACAUACUGUGAUGUUCCUUCUCUGGAACUGUUUUAUCUUUUUAUCUCUCCCUCUACCCAUUUAAGACCAGCAGUCUCUUCUCUAUUUUGGCUGGAUUUUCCCUUCCCCAAUGACAAAUCACCUGCCCACAACCAGUGAAGGAACCAGAGCCAGAACUCAACCUUCUCAUCUCUCAGACCAGCAACAAACUCCACUCAGAUCCAUCCCUUUUGUAAUUAUCAGGUUUCUAACUCAUGUGAAGGACAAAUGAAAGGUGCUCCUGUUCUACAACCACCUGUUUUCAGUACUCAAAUUUAAGAGCUUAAAUGAUUGUCCUGCUCUUGAAAAUAAUAAGAACCUAGAAAAUGAA